AUGGCUACCCAAAUGGUCGAUCAGCUCUUAGAGAGUGCUCGAGAACUACUUGGGUCUGAGGACUAUCUCGGAGCACGUGUACUGAUCAACCAAACACUUGCUUUGGAUCCGUUUGAUGGUAAAUUAUGGAACUACCGAUCUAUUGCUCAUCUGAAGCUUGGCUAUCCAGAGUUAGCAUUUACCGAUGCUGCUCGCGGAGUUCAGCUCUUGGAUGAUAAACUUGCCAAGACUACCUUAUCUGUAGACGACCGUAACGAUUCAGUUUUCCUAAAACUUGACAUAUUAUACAGUUGUCUUCUUGCUGCUGAAAGUUUGAACAGUUUUGAAACAGCAUUACAUUUCAUUCGUCGAUUGUUAACCAACACGCACUUGCUCAAUGCUGAAGCUCGUCGAACCCUUCUCGAGAAAAAAGCUUUAUUCGAAGCGAAAACAAAUGAGAUACGUAAUAAAUUCAUUGGACAAAGUAAUUCAUUGGGAGUCAGUGUUGACUACAUCAUAAAUUUAGGUACCAUGCGUGUGACAAAAUAUCCAUGGGAUGAUUUUGAACCGUUUUGUACAGAAAAUGAUAUUGAAAAUCAGCUGAAAGAACUUAAUACUAUGCUUGAGCCAAUCGCUCCAAAAUUAAUGGUUGCUCAAAUGUAA